GACCGCAAGUUCACCACAUACGGCGGCAUGAUGAUCCAUCUCGAAUCCGGCGCCUGCGAAUCAGGCAUCGACAUCAUCGACCUGAACCAAGCGGCGGCCGCAUGCUACCAGUGGAAAAAGUACCUCUUCAAAGAGUAUCGGAUUUACCAACAAACCCGAAACGAAUUCGCUGGGGGGUUCGAUAUCAAGGCACACCCUUAUUUCUGCCCGACUUGCGACACGACGUUUCCUAAACUGUCGAGCUUGUUCCAGCACGUCGAGUCGCCUGCUUGUGAUCAGCGGCUCAAUCAGGGCGGAAUAGCGAAGUUGAAGAGGUUUCUGAAGAAGGCGGCACGGGUGGGAGUUAGACUCCCGGGGAGCAGGAUGGGGAAGCGGAGAAGAUAG